AUGGAGAACGGAAUCACAAAUGCAGCUAAAAGUGCUGAAGACAGCCUACAUAUCGCCCUCACAAGUGGUUCUACCAAAUAUCGCACACAUGUCCUUAGAAGCUUGCAGCACGAUCUGGACAGUGCUGAUCUUGACUCCGAGGCAUUCUACGACAAGUUAAAGGCUCUGCUCCAGACCUAUCCUCGAUACCAAGACCAGCAGUCACGAGAGGCUGUUCGGGCUUGCUUGACAUCCGCACUACGAAAUGAAUCUUUCAGGCCUGGAGCGUCUCGUCUGAUCACAGAUUACAUUCUUUCCGAGUCCCAAAGGUCAGUCAUCGCGCCUACUAAUGCAUUCGUCUUGCUAGAGUGGUGUGUUCUCGUUCAACAGCAGAUUUCGCAGAACCAUGUACCUCCCGAUACCGUCCUCAACGGCAUUACUGUUGCCUCAGCCAGGAGCCUGGAGAAAUGCCUUAGACCUCAAGUCAAAUCUGGAGUACAUCGGUCUGCAUUAGUACUUGCUAGACGGGGAGUGCGGAGUGUGUUGAAACCUGAGAGCCUUGGUGGGAAAGUUCUGGCUACCAUGGUCCCGAGCCUCAUCACCGGCCCAAAUGUUGUUAUGGAGAACGUUCCAUACGUUGGCGUCAUAGCUGGGGUUUGUGUGCGGAUUCCUCUACGAAAACCCGACCUUCAAGAAAAGGCAAGGGACAUUCUUUCUUUCUACGCAAAGAUAGUACUUGGUUGUAAGAGUGCCGUCCCAAUGCACAUCGCAAGUGGUUUACAUGAUUUCUUUGUGUCUUUUGUUUCCAUAGAGGACAUUGCCGAAAUCGUCAUUCCACCACUCGAAAAGGCUGUUUUACGUUCCCCAGAAGUCGUCCUGAGCGGCCUUGUUUCAUCUUUCGUUGAGUCUCUGCCUUCAACUUUCGAUCUCUCGAAGCCUGUUUCUGCGAAUCUGCUUCAACCCCUUCUUUCCAGUCUGAGGUCUACAAACGGUGCUAUCAGGGAUGGUGCUGUUGAAGCAUUUUCAGUCCUCGUCAACCGGUGUAAAGACGUCAGUGAGCUGACAAAGAUUGCCGAGAACGUUCUGGCUUCCUUGAAAUCAUCAAAAACUUCUACUCCCGAAGUGCGGAGCCUGUUAGCACGAUUUCUCAUGUCAAUACCUCCAGCCUCUAAGACUUCUCACUCAAUCGUACUUGGUGUGGCGCCCAUAGCUGCCAAGGAAGCCAAUGAAAACGCUCUCGAAUAUCAAGCAGCGGCUCUAUGCAAGCACCUUCCCGUACUGCUCUGCAACGGUUCCCACGUGGAGCAGUCCGUCUACGAUACAAUUUCUAAAGGAUACCGAGACAAACGCGCGGGCGUAAGGAAGACUUGGUAUUUGAAGAUCAGUGAAGUUUUCUGGGAUGUCGGGCCGCUGCUUCCAACAGAGGCUCCUUCUGCAGCCUUCCUCAAAUCCUUCUCUAGUGAAAUGCUCCAGGCAUUUGAUGAGGUUUGCUCCAAUCCCAUGGCGAGUCUACAAAGUGGUCAAGCUUCUGCUGCUUUCAUAUUAGUAGCCAUGGUCGGAAGUGGCAAAUGGGACAGCAAGAUGAGUUCUUCAUUGAAAAGAGAUCGGAUCGUGGCCCGGUCUCUACUCAUUUCACCAAAGCCGUCUUUUAUGCUUAACAGCAAGAUCAUCACGCGGCUUACCUCACCCAGUGAGAUGUCGUGGGCAGUGCGUGCGUUGACGAGCAUGGGGUCUGGGCUAGCUGCUGAAAGUCGAGCGACCAGAUCGGCAUGGGCACAAAGUCUUAUCUACUUUCUUGUUGCAGCGGAUGUGCCUACUUCUGUUCGCCGGGCUACUCGCGAGGCGAUUGCAGCGCACUACCUACACUAUCCCCUACCUAUCGCGGAAAGUAUCUUACUUGGACUGUGGGAUUGGCUCUACUCAUUGCAUCGAAACGAGAGGGAGUCUUUUGCUGUCGCAUCUAGAACAGGCACCGAACGUCUUCAUACCGCUUUGAGUUGUGUCAACGUCACCAAAACUAUAUGUGAGGAGAACAAUCGACUAGUUCCUGUGAGCGCAAUCAAGACUCAACUCGUGCAAUCGCUUGUAUUGUGUCGCGAUGAAUUAAUAGCAGGAAGCAAUUGGAUUGAGACCUGCCUCAAAGCCGGCAUUGAUCCAGGGGCGCUUGCGGCGGAACAGGCUGACCAACUGAUGGACCAGGUGCUUGUGCACAGUAAAACUGGAAUCACAACCGGCAAUCCACUACUCCAUGUGGCCGCAUGUAAAGCCGCAGCUGACCUUGCAUUCGUUGCGCCUGCCACCAUCAUCCCAAUACUUCUGGACCGGAUUGCGGAAGAUCUCGAUCCCUCGCAAUUCCAGGAUCUUGGUCCGUUAGAUGCUGCCAUUGCUCGGGCUCCUGAAGGUGUGGUUUUUGUGGAUGUUCUGGCCCAAAACGCCCAAAACGAGGUGGGAAGCAAAGGCCUUAAAGAUCAUGAUAUCCUGAAAUGGGAGGCGGAUCUGAGGUCCCAUCUAGCGCAGAAGAAGGGCCAGCCAAAGAAGCUCACCGCAGAUCAACAAGCCAAAGUCGAUGCGCAGUUGGCACGAGAAUCCGCAACCCGCAAAAAUGUUUUUCGGGUACAGCAGAACCUCCGUCGUGGCGCAAGACUUGUACAAGCUUUGGCAGAGGGUCCUCCAACAGAUGCUGGUACCUGGAUGACAAGGUGCAUCGGCACAUUGUUGGAUGCUCUGCAGGCGGGUGCUGCCCUAUUCAUUGAUGAGGAGCUGGCCUCGGCCUAUCUGACUUGCUCGACUAAAAUUUCGCCUCGGCUAGGCACUCUUGCUAAAUUUGUCGGUGUGGCAACAUUACGUGCUAUUGGAAAUGCUCGACUGUCACCAGAUUAUGAGCUUGAGCCGCUUGGUGAAUUGGUCACAAGGGUUCUGUACCGUCUCCGGUUUGCUGCCGAGCAGCGACCGUUUGACACAGUCACAUUAAGCUAUACCCUGCCAUUGAUCUUUACUGUUCUUGAUAAAGGAUCUGUCGGGUGCCCACCAGGAGACGAUGCUGACACCCAGGUGUUGCUCGGCCUUGAGUUUCUUACCUUCCACAUGGGCUCAUGCUCCGAGUUGCAUUUACCACGAGAUCAAAUACUUCGUUACUUGAUAUCGGCCAUGCAGAAAUAUACCCAGCACUACAGACUGCUCAAAGAUGCCUUGGUGGAUCUUUGCUCUAGCAUCUCUGAUAACAUCCAACAGACUGAGAUAGAGGUGCUUUUGGAGGGUGUCACAUCUGCAGAAGCGCCAAUUCGGAGCGCGGUAUUGCAAGCCAUUCACGCCGAAAUCGACCUGACAAAUCUGGAGUCAUCCAAGGAGGUAUGGCUCGUUUGCCAUGAUGCAGAUGAGGAUAUUGCAGAACUUGCGACUGUCGUGUGGGAAGAAAAUGGCCUUUCAGAGGAGAAAAGUCUUGUGUUUGACAGUAUGGAAUAUCUUAGCAAUCCAGAUCGUCAUCUGAGAAGCAGUGCAGCUAGAGCGUUAGCAGGAGCUAUCGCUACGAAUCCACUAACAUUCUCCUCUGCUCUACAGCGUCUGGAGGAAACAUAUGUUCAGGCUGCGCUUCCAGUCAUGCCAAAACGUGACAAGUACGGCAUGCUACUGAAAGGUAACACGGACGAUCCUUGGGAACUUAGAAGCGGCAUUGGCAUGGCAUUUCGGGAAAUGCAUUCGGUGUUCACCAAGGACUCGCUGGUUCCGUUUCUGCAGUUUCUCAUCAAAGAGGGACCUCUAGCCGAUAGAAAUUCCUCAGUUCGCAGUGAAAUGCUAGACGCUGGAUCUACUCUGGUCUCCACUAGAGGAAAGGAGUCUCUUGAACCACUCAUGGAACUGUGCAACACCACACUAGACGCACCAGAUCAGGGUACAAACGAGUCUGAUUGGGUCAAUGAAGCUGUUAUUAUCCUCUAUGGAUCACUUGCUCGUCAUCUCCCGCCAGGUGAUGGACGCAUCAAAGCAGUCAUCUCACAACUGCUAGCAUCAUUGUCCACUCCCUCAGAACCUGUGCAAUUGGCUGUCUCUGGCUGUCUUCCCCCCUUGGUACGCCUGGUCGCUUCUGAGGUUUCGUCGUACGUUGAAUCGCUUCUCAAACAACUAUUUGAAAGCAAGCAAUAUGCUUCUCGACGAGGUGCGGCCUACGGGAUUGCCGGAUUGGUUAGAGGAAGAGGCAUAGCGUCGCUCCGUCAGUACCGAAUCAUGACUGCUCUACAAGGUGCCGCAGAGAACAAGAAGAGCCCUGACCAACGACAAGGAGCGAUGUUUGCAUACGAAUUGCUGUCUCUGAGUCUAGGUAGAACGUUUGAGCCAUACAUAAUCGAAGUCCUUCCUCAGCUGCUAUCAUGUUUCAGCGACGCGAAUGCCACCGUGCGUGAGGCAUGUCUAGACACCGCCAAAACAUGUUUUGCCAGCUUGAGCUCUUUCGGAGUCAAGCAAGUUCUUCCGAGACUGCUUGAAGGCCUGGGUGACUCGCAAUGGCGGACCAAGAAAGGCGCUUGUGAUCUCCUUGGUGCAAUGGCGUACCUUGAUCCUCAACAACUGGCUAUGAGCCUUCCCGAUAUCAUCCCUCCUUUGGCAGCGGUACUCAACGAUAGCCAUAAAGAGGUACGUCUUUCCGCGAAUCGCAGUCUUCAACGAUUUGGGGAAGUCAUUACCAAUCCAGAAGUUAAGGGCCGCGUCGAUAUUCUCCUGAAAGCACUCAGUGACCCUACCAAACAUACAGAGGAAGCCCUUGAUGGUCUGAUCAAGGUAUCGUUCGUGCACUACCUGGAUGCUCCGUCACUAGCUCUAGUGGUUCGAAUCCUGGAAAGAGGUCUUGGUGACCGAUCAUCUACAAAACGGAAGUCUGCUCAAAUCAUCGGUAGUCUUGCGCACUUGACUGAGCGGAAAGACUUGGUCACACAUCUACCGAUCCUCGUUACAGGUCUCAGAUUAGCAGCGGUUGAUCCGGUCCCAGCGACGCGCGCUACAGCAUCGAAAGCACUGGGCAGCCUCGUUGAGAAACUUGGUGAAGAUGCUCUUCCUGAUCUCAUACCCAGUCUUAUGGCGUCUUUGAGGACUGAUACUGGAGCGGGCGACCGUCUAGGGUCGGCCCAGGCUCUCAGUGAAGUCCUUGCUGGACUUGGGACAGCCAGACUCGAGGAGACAAUGCCUACAAUCCUGCAAAAUGUGGCCAGCAACAAGCCAACCGUGCGCGAGGGUUUUAUGACACUGUUUAUCUUCCUUCCCGCUUGCUUUGGUAACAGUUUUGCAUCGUACCUGAGCCAGAUCAUUCCUUCAAUCCUUGGGGGUCUAGCGGACGAGUUAGAGGCUAUUCGGGACAUCGCAUUGAGAGCUGGCCGUCUUCUGGUUAAGAACUUCUCUACCAAAGCAAUUGACUUACUCUUGCCGGAGCUACAGCGUGGCUUGGCCGAUGACAACCAUCGUAUUAGGCUCAGCUCCGUUGAGCUUGUAGGCGACUUACUCUUCAAUCUCACCGGUAUCAACAGCAAGACAGACGCUGAUGAGGAAGAAGACGAUGGAGCAGCUCAAGCUGGGCAGUCUCUGCUGGAAGCUCUGGGAGAAGACAAACGGAACAAAGUUUUAUCGUCUCUGUACAUAUGCCGAUGCGAUACUUCGGGGUUGGUUCGAACUGCUGCUGUUGCGGUAUGGAAGGCGCUGGUUGCCACGCCACGGACUUUGCGAGAAUUGGUGCCUACGUUGACUCAGAUGAUCAUCUCUCGCCUAGCAAGUCCAAACGCCGAAUCGAGAGUUAUUGCGGGUAAUGCACUUGGCGAGGUGAUCAGGAAGGCUGGAGAAGGGGUAUUGGCAGCUUUGCUACCUUCUCUGGAAGAGGGCCUUCGUACAUCAACUGAUGCAGACACAAGGCAAGGCAUAUGCACGGCUCUUCGAGAAAUUAUCAUCUCUGCAUCUCCUGACGCCCUUGAAGAUUAUGAGAAGAAGCUUGUUUCGAUCCUUCGAAUCUCUCUGGUCGAUUCCGACAGCGAGGUUAGAGAAGCUGCAGCUGAAGCAUUCGACAGCUUUCAACAGGUCUUUGGGAAGAGAGCGGUCGAUCAUGUUCUGCCAUAUCUUCUCAACCUUCUGAGAGAUUCCGACGAGGCCAGCAAUGCUCUGUCCGCGCUACUGACAUUGCUCACCGAAACGACACGGGCGAAUAUGAUACUGCCCAAUCUCAUUCCGACCCUGCUGUCACCUCCCAUCACCACCUUCAAUGCCAAAGCGCUUGCUUCAUUGGCUGAAGUCGGAGGUCCGUCGAUGCACCGAAGACUUCCCUCCAUCCUCAACAACCUUGCAGACGGGAUCACUUCGAAGAGCACCGAUGCAGAGCUGAGGGUUGAAUUGAACUCCGCGUUUGAUGCCGUUCUCUGUUCCGUCGACGAGUACGAUGGCUUGAACACUGCAAUGAGCGUUGUUUUGGCGAUGAUUAAGCAUGACGAUCAUCAGAGACGGGCUGUCGCCGCCUCGCAUCUUGCGGUAUUCUUCUCUUCUGCGACCGUCGACUAUUCACGCUACAAUCAAGACCUUAUUCGAGUCCUCCUCAUCUCCUUCGACGACCGCGACAGCGAGGUGGUCAAAGCUGCCUGGACAGCUAUGAAUCAGCUGACGGCCCGUUUACGGAAGGAAGAAAUGGAGGCACUGGUGAUCUCAACCCGCCAAAUUUUGCUGCAGGUCGGCGUUGCUGGUUCCAACCUACCAGGAUUUGCUCUUCCCAAGGGCAUCCUCCCGGUACUUCAGAUCUUCCUCCAAGGCUUGAUGAAUGGCACGGUCGAUCAGCGAACGCAAUCGGCCUUGGCCAUAUCCGACAUAAUCGACAGAAGCAGUGCAGAAUCGCUCAAACCUUUUGUCACCCAGAUCACCGGUCCGUUGAUCCGGGUUGUUUCUGAGAGGUCUGUGGAAGUGAAAUGUGCCAUUUUAUACACAUUGAACCAGUUGCUCGAGAAGAUUCCCACCUUCCUAAAACCUUUCCUACCACAACUGCAGCGGACUUUCACCAAAUCGCUGGCAGAUCCUUCAAGCGAAAAUCUCAGACUUCGCGCCACGAAAGCUCUCAGUACACUCAUCGCACUAACGCCUCGAGUCGAUCCUUUGAUCGCAGAACUGGUGACCGGAUCCAAAACCUCAGAUUCGGGAGUGAGGAAUGCCAUGCUAAAAGCACUGCAAGAGGUCGUAUCGAAGGUCGGAUCCAACAUGAGCGACAACUCCAAAGAUGCAAUCUUGAGCCUCAUCGAUGCCACCCAUGAAGGCCCGGACGACGCCAUGUCGGUCACCAACUCCCGCCUUUUAGGUGCUUUGGUCCGAGUCCUCCCUCGCGACAGCGCCACAUCCCUCAUCAAAAGCCGUGUCCUCACUCACCCAAUAACAAACGCCUCAAUCCUCGCCCUCAACGCCGUUCUACUCGAAUGUCCAGCAUCCCUAACCAAGGACUUCCUUCCCGAAACCUGUACCGCGAUAACCCACGGCCUCACCAACAAAAGCACCUUCAUCCAAAAGAACGGCGUCCUCGCAGCGGGCAAAUUCCUGCUCGCCGAAGGCGUCAUGCCGAAUUCCGAAUCCAAUCCCGAAAUCAUCCAACCUCUCCUCACCUCCUUAGCCGUCACCGCCCAACCAGGCACAGACAUCGACACGCGCCGCCUCUCCCUCGUCGUCAUGCGCACCGUCUCGCGCAAGCACCCGCAAUCCAUCCGCCCUUACCUGCCACAGCUCGCCCCCGCCGUCUUCGCCGGCGUCCGCGACGCGGUCAUCCCCGUCAAACUGGCGGCGGAAGCGGCCUUCUUGCAGCUCUUCUCGGUCGUCGAAGACGAGGGGGCGGUAUUUGAGGAGUACAUGAAGAGCGCGGAGGGGGGCAAGGGGUUGUUGAAUACCACGACGCAGCGGAGCAUGCAGGAUUAUUUCAAGAGGGUUGCCUUGAGGUUGGGGGUCCAGGCGAGGGAGAGGAGGGAGGCCGAGGGCCAUGCUGGCGGGUUGGGCCUGGCGAGUGAUGAGCUCGAGGAUGAGAGGGAGCUUUGGAGUGUGGGACGGGUGGAGGUGGGUGGCGGGGAGGAGGCGUUUUGA